AUGAUUUCAUUAUUAGCCAUUGCACUACUGAAUGCUGCUGCUGCUGCUGCUGCUGCUGCUCCUCCACUGGUCAUUUGGUUUAUAUGAUUUUCAACUCUUUGUCUUACCACUUACUAUACUACAAAACUAACAAUCGACGUUAUGGCUAAGACAGGAUCGAAGGGAUCAAAGAAGUCAGCUAAGAGAUCAAGUGGAGCAUCAACAUCAAAACAGAAAAAAGCGAAGAAGGUCAAGGAUCCGAAUGCACCAAAGCGAGCCAAGUCAGCUUAUAUGUUCUGGUUGCUGGAAAAUCGUUCUCGUAUAGCAAAGCCUGGUAUGUCCGUCAUUGAUGUAAGCAAGGCGGCAGGUGUUGAAUGGGGCAAAGUAAAAGAUAAGAGCAAAUACGAGAAGUUGGCCAGCCAGGAUAAGCAACGAUAUGAAGCGACGUCAGAACUAAACAUAUUAAGAGAUGGCAAUAAACCAUUUAUUCUGCUAGAAGAAGACAGAUCUGUAAUCCCAGUUUUUGAUUUUAAUCGACGAUUAGGAAAUGUUUUUGCUCAAUUUCGAUAUCGAUAUUUAUUUGAAAAAGAAUUCACUGUCAAAGGCUUCCUCAACGGUGCAAUACAGGCUGCUCAAUUAUGUGCGGAUUAUAUUCGUCAAGGAGAUUGGGGUAAUUUAAGAAGGAUUAUGAUUGAUGAUGCUGUUUCUGAAUUGCAAACGCGAUUUGAUCCAUUCAAUGUGGAAGAUUUUGAACGAUUGAAGUUCUCUAUUAAUGAUGUUAUUUAUUCUGUUAUCAAUUCAUCUUAUACGUGUGGCAAAAUACAACCAAAGACAUCUGGAUUGCGGUCAUUCUUUCCGGCAAAACAUCGAGCUUUUUAUUCACAAGCUAUCAUUUACAUUAAGAAGAGCAAUAUCGAUGAAAGUAAAAGUAUUGAGCGUUUGCUAAGGAUAUUACCACCAGGAAGCUUGCUUAUCUGUAACAUCACAUUGUCGAGAAUUUUAAAUCCGCUUGGAAUGUGGAAAGUUACACGAAUCAACUUUUUUGAUUACCCAUAA